GUCAAGUGUCAGCACACACGUCUUGCUUAGAUAUUAUCAUGGCCAACCCUGCAAAAGCCGCAAGUAUGGCGUUGAGAGACCGCCGCAAUUGGAUCUUUGACAUGGAUGGUACUCUAACCAUAGCUAUGCACGAUUUCCAAAGGAUCAAACAACAAUUAGGUCUUCCCAGCUACAAGCCUAUACUAGAGGCACUCGACGAAAUGCCCGCGACACUCAGCAAACCAAUACACGACAAGUUAGAUCUGAUUGAACUCGAGAUAGCCGCCAAUGCUCGGUGUAUGCCUGGAGCUCUGUCACUUUUGAGUAAAUUAUCGGCACAGGGAAAGAACGUGGGUAUACUAACACGCAACACCAAACCAGCGGCCGAAGCGACGUUGCAAGCAUGUCAUAUGAGUACAUAUUUUCCCAGUACGUAUGUGCUAAGUAGGCAUUGUGCUGCACCUAAACCCAGCCCGCAUGGACUGAAUAUACUUAUGGAUCUGUGGGGAGCUACGCCAGAGGAUACGGUUAUGAUAGGGGACUUUAAGUUUGAUCUAGAGGCUGGCAGGAAUGCUGGUGUGCAUACGGUACAUAUAGAUGUGACCCGGACGUUUGCGUUCCCGGAUAUCACAGAUACCAGGAUUAGUAGUCUAGAUGAACUAACCGCUAUAUUAUGAACAACAAUCCAUCUCAUAAACAAUAAAGUGAAAAAGGA